GGCACUGAUCUGUAGUGACAAUGAAGAUGAUCUGGUGUAGUUGGAGGGUGAGAAACCUAAAUUUUCUGAUGGGGAGGAUUGCCUUAUUCGCGUGGCUUUUUUAGAGUGUGGGAUAGGGAAUGAAGUUGUUGAUGAGUUGACCCAGUUUGUUGGAGGAUCCUCUCAAGAAAUUAAAGAGCGUUGCACUAUGCUCAUGGAAACAGAUCAACAAAUGGAGAUACGGAAGAAAACUUUGAAGGAAGAGAUAUCUGGAGAUAAUGUGUACCUGGACCAAAGCCUCAGUACUGCUUUAGAUUCUUUUGACAAUCUAUUUUGUCGUUGUUGUCUGGUGUUUGACUGUCGUUUACAUUGUUGUUCCCAAGUUCCAACCAGUCAUAAUGAAAAGCAAAUUGGCCAAUUUGUUACAGAAGUGGACCGUAAGCCCUGUGGAGAUCAAUGUUAUCUUCAGCAACCAUGCAAAUCUACAGGAAAUUCAAUCAAAGCUUCACAUAAAUGGAGCAAUUGGAACCCUUUGGAGAAAGACUUAUACCUCAAGGGAUUACAAAUAUUUGGAAGAAAUAGUUGUUAUAUAGCUCGGAAUUUGCUCCCUGAUCUGAAAACUUGCGAAGAAGUAUCUAAUUACAUGUCUGGUGAUGGAGCCAUAAUGCUUUUUGGAUCUUCAGCUAAGCUAAAUGAAGCUGGGAGGGAUGGCAUGGAUCCUAUGGAGCCAGAUAUGGCAGCCAAAUCAAGAAUAAGUCAUAAAAGGGGAAGAGUGCGCAAGGGCAAGGUUAAGUCUUCAAGGAAGUACCGUCAGUCCUUGUGGAGAAUGAUUGCGGAGGGAAAGGACAUCCCAUAUAAGCAAUAUUCUCCAUGCAUGUUCCAGCCAACGUAUGGGAAGCAGUGUCCUUGCUUUCAGAAUGGAACUUAUUGUGAGAAAUGCUGCGGGUGCUCAAAAAGCUGCAAAAAUCACUUCAGAGGGUGCCAUUGUGCUAAAGGUCAAUGUAAAAGCCAACAAUUCCCCUGCUUUGCAGCUAAACGUGAAUGUGAUCAAGAUGUUUUCCGGAGUUGUUGGGUUAGUUGUGGUGACGGUUCGUUGGGGGGGGCGCCAAGACGAGGAGACAGUCAGUGUGCCGACAUGAUGCUCCUUCUGAGGCAACAUCAAAGGACCCUCUUAGCAAAGUUAGAUAUUGUUGGUUGGGGAGCAUUUGUUAAGAAUCCUGUCAAUAAAGAUGAUUACCUUGGAGAAUAUACCGGUGAAUUGAUCUCCCAUCAAGAAGCAGAUAGGCGAGGAGAGAUAAAUGAUGUUACCUAUAUAUCUUACCUCUUUAACUUGAAUGACAAGUAUGUCAUUGAUGCAUACCGCAAGGGAGACAAGUUGAAAUUCGCAAACGACUCAUCAAAUCCAAACUGCUAUACCAGGGCAUUCAUCUUCCAUUGAUUGUUUUCAAUGACAAUGUCUAAUUCUGUUGUUUCAUUUAUCUGAGAUAUGAUUCAAUAUAUAGGUAAUGUUGGUGGCUGGUGAUCACCGUGUUGGCAUCUAUGCUAACGAGCAAAUCCAAGCUGGUGAAGAGAUUUUCUAUGAUUAUCGAUAUGGUCCUGAUGAAUCACUCGCUUGGGCCCUGAAGCCCACGCUUUCAAAGAGAGAUGUUUUGCCACUCCCUCGUGGUCGAGCAAAGAAGCACAAAUCUGGUUGAGCAGUCGGUCUUGUCGUCAUUAUGGAGUAUUUCUUUAUAGUUAAAAUUUUUUAUGUACAAUCUAUAACUACAUUGUUUAUGCACAA